UCAAACUUAGUGAACACAAAUACAGAAGCACAUUCAAAAUAGUUGACAGUUUGACAACAGAUGAAGGCAGAUGGAAUUUAUGAGGCGACACUAGUUAACUUUUUGAAGUUCAUCUCUAUAAUAUGAAUACGAAAAUUCACAAAAUAAUGAUAAAAUCAUGUACUACGUGAAAAAAACCUUACGAGAGAAAAAUGUUCAAGAUCGCGUGGAACGUUCUAAAUUGGAAGUGGAAUUGAAACUAAUCGAGAAACAUAAAAGGAGCGAAUUGAGAAUGCACGAGAGCGAAGCUCAGAAAAUAAGGACAAAAUAUUCCAAAUUGGGGAUUUUUUCCGCUUCUUUCUCAGAGGCUGCUGGAGUUAAAAUGUAUGAAACACACAACCCUGGUUUCUGCUACAAGAGAAAUGGGGCACACAAAAUUCCGCCUUCAUUUUCUACGACUCCUGUUCUAGACUUCCAGCAACUUAGAAGCCUUGUAUUCACCAAUGACGACUUGGACAUGGAGAAGCUCUUGUGUCUGCACAUGCUGUCCAUACAUAAAACGGAGUCUCUGGCAAUGCCAAAUGUCAAAAUUGCGAAAGACAUACCCAAAGAGAACACGCCAAUGGAAAGACUGAUUCAAAGAUCGAAAAAGAUGAGCAAAGAAAAAAAAGAUCACGAAAUUCUAAAUAUACUGCCAAUUUACGUAAUUGAUAUCGGUCAAAACCAAAGCUGCACGACCAUUGGUUCCGUUUCCAGAGAAGAGAACGAAGAACAAUUAUUCAGGGAUGCGAGAAUGACCUCCAAACUUGUUAUCAACGUAAAGGUCCAGGAAAUACUCGCAUCAGCACUAACGGCUCUAAAAGCUUCAAAUGGCAAUAAAUGGAAACAAUUAGUGGAAAAUUGCCAAAAUGUCACAUACCUGAAGAAGAUAUUCAAUAAGCCUGCCAUGCAAGAAUUCUUGAAAAUGUUAAAAACCUACUCACUUAUCACAAGUUGCGAAUCUUACUUUUUAACACCAAAGAUCAAACAGCAGCCGGUAGCUGUCGAUGUCCGAACCGUUUUUGGGAACUUGGAGUCGCUAUUGCAUCAAAUUAGGAGGCACAUUCUUCAGGUGCCCUCCAAGACGAAGAACGAAUGGAGGUCGCUCUGCGAACUUGACGAGGACAUACUUCACGAUUGUUUAAUUUCUUCAACAUCCCAGCAACUGGCCACCUACGACAUUGUCAACAAAUUCGCCCAUUUCAAAAAAUCUUCGAAAAGCGUGGUGUCCUCUGCACUGCCCAAAAAGUCGGAACUUUUAGAGAGCUCCUCCUACUUGGGCGGUAGGUCGUAUAGAAAUUUCAUCAAUAGGAAUAUAUUCUGCAACCAGGCAGAGAGCAUUACUAGAAAAAUAUUCGCUGAUGUUGAAGAUAGAACGAAUAAAUCAUCGAGCACAAGCGUAUUUAGAAAAAAAGCGCCCAGCCUGAGACACUAUCAACUUCCUUCUAUAGCUUCGGGUCAAGAGACAGAAAUUAGAAUUACAGAAGGCUCCCUUGGUGUUACUGCAACUAAUUUAGAAGAAGAUACUGAGAAAUUCGUUAAGAACACAUUUCCUGAAACUAGUUCGUUCAUCAAAAGAACCAGCUGUUGCGCCUGUCAAGAGAAGUGGAGACUUUCUUUGCCUACUCCAAAAAUUCCAAACUACCCUAGACCUGGGCUUCCACUGCAAAUCUACGAGGACCCUUACAAAAUAAGCCAUAUGAACAGAAUUUCGUCAAUGAUAAGUGAAGAACUACACAGGCUCGACUCUUACGAAACUAGGUAUUCCCUUGACAAUGUGAAUAUCAGGAUAAAAUCUGAUCGAAAUUCAACUACAUCCGCAACGCCUGAAAAUGAGAUUUCUACAAUUGCAGAUUCUGUAGAAAUCAGUCCUUACGACUUGGCUAGAGUAAGUCAUGAAAUAGCAGAUAAAGAAACCGACAAAAAGUUGAAUGCUUUUUUGAAAGAAACCAUUUGAUAUGAUUCUCAUUGUACCAAACAAUUUAUUUUGAACAACUCACUUAUUCAGCACAUAUAUCAUUUUAAAAUGUCCAAAUAAAAAUAAUAAAUAACCUUCCAAUCCCA